GCGUGGCUCAGGAAGAAGAUGCACCGCGGGGAUAAGGACUUGCAGUCAUCCGCACGCAAGAUGGGCACGUCCUUGCUUUUCCAGCUGUCGGCCUACGAACGCGAGCUGGACCUGGUGUUUCUGGACCACAGCUACGCCAAACCGUGGAACGCUCACCCCGAUGCCAGCAGCGCUCGGCCCACAAGAACGCUGUUUGUGACGCCGCGUCGUCAACCUGAGGCUUUAUCAGACUCUGAUUCCCUAAUAGAUGUGGAAACGGUCACGCCAACACCUGUUCCUCUGUAUGACAACCAGAAGGCUCUGAGUGUGAUGAAGGAGUGCGAGAGGCAUGUCCUGUUUGCUCGAACAGCCGCCGACGGCCCCCCACCUCCAGAUGACUGGGAGGAACAUAUAAACAAGACGGGCUGGUCAGUGACCCAGAACAAGUUGUUCAACAAAGUCCUUAAAGCUCUACAGGGAGAAAGACUGGCACGACUGGCCAAUGAAAAUGCUUCCAACGAGCCCAUUCUGCGGAGGAUAGCUGUAGACAAGUGUGCCAGGAAGGUGCGGCACGCGCUCGCCAGCGUGAACUGGGAAACCAAGCUGACGCAGUGGCUGCACACCACGCUGAUCGAGUCGCUGAGCCUCCCCAUGCUCGCUGCUUACCUGGAUGUGCUGCAGACUUUAAAAAGCAAGCUGCCGACGCUCAUCGACAGAAUGCUGCUGCCGUCUGCAAAGACUGGAGCUCCGAGUGCGGAGGCUUUGUCUCUGCUGCUGAAGCGUCCCUGGGAUCCUGCCGUUGGGGUUCUGUCGCAGAACAAACCGUGCAAGCUUCCUGGCUCUCCUCUGAUUCUCAUCGCGCCGUCCAGCCCAACAAAUCCGGCUCUCUCCACCUCGCGGAGGAUGAGGUUUUGGCAGUCGCAGCUCUCCUGCCUGGGAAAGGUCAUCCCGGUGCACACUCAUGUGAACAGUGGGGCCAAUAUUGGAAUCACACAGUGUUUGGAGCACAUGCUGGGGACGGUCAGAGCCAAAGUCAUGGAGGUUCACAGUCACUUCCCACACAAGCCCAUCAUCCUGGUCGGCUGGAACGCCGGUGCGCUUAUCGCUUGUCAUGUGUCCCUCAUGGAGUAUCUGACGGCCGUCGUGUGUCUCGGCUUUCCGCUCCUAACGGUCAACGGGCCCAGAGGGGACGUGGACGACCCGCUGCUGGACAUGAAGACCCCCGUGUUGUUUGUGGUUGGGCAGAAUGCGCUGCAGUGCACCACAGACGGCAUGGAGGAGUUCAGAGAGAAGCUGAGGGCCGACAACAGCUUGGUGGUGGUCGGAGGAGCAGACGACAACCUCAGAAUCAAUUCGGCAAAGAUGAAGUCGGAAGGUUUGACGCAGACGAUGGUGGACCGCUGCAUUCAGGAUGAGAUAGCUGACUUUCUGUCAGGAGUCCUGACCCGGGCAGAGGGCCACGGUCACGGCUCCGGGGAGAUGAGAGACCUGGACACGGAGAAGAAGAAGCGGCCUCGACGGGAGCUUCCCUUUGACGUGGAGAGAGGUCGACCUUCGUCUCCGGCUCUUAGAGUUCCCAUUUCACCCUCAGGUUCAGAGGAUUUGUCCAGCGUCUGCAGCAGCCCCACUUCCAGCCCCAAACCGAAGACGUCUGGUCUGUCUCCAGCACAAAAGUCCAGCCUGAUCACGGCCACGCAGCUCCUCAAGACGCACAUGCAGCGCUCUGGCACCGUGCUCACACACAAGCAGGCUCAAGCUCAGUUUGCUGCUUUUAUGAAACAAAACAUGCUUGUGAGGAAAAAUCUUCCUCCUGGCACCCCUCCUUGUAUUUUUGUUCCAGUGACCAGCGAUCAGCUGGAAGGCCUGGACAGAGACGAACUACGUCCUCACGGCAAGAGGAGGCAGACACCCAGUCCCACGCCCAGCAAAGCCUCCAAGAGAGCAAAGAUUAAAGUUACCAUUGUUUCCCAAAGCGAGUCAGCAGGAGGCGCCAUCAGCCCUGCUGAAGUGGGUGUCUCUGGCAAGCCUCUAACUGUGGCGGUGGGACAGACUGUGCCGGGUGCCAAGGAGCUUUCUGGACUCCUCACAGGCCAGCGGUCUGGUAGUCUCUCAGAGGUGUCUGGUGCCCUGUCCCCAGGCUCAGGCUCAUUCAGCAGCGUGCAGCCUUGCAUGGUGUCAGUGUCCUCCACACCAGCCCAGGUGCAAGCUCCAGCUACUGCCCAAGCGCCGGCUUCCGCCAGCAGUCUUCUGCAAGGCCUAAGUUUCAGUCUGCAGGAGAUCGUUACCAAAGCUCCUAACCUUCCCUCCACAGCAACAAGCACAGGCAGCACUCAGGCAGUUUGUGGAAAAUCCCAGGAGGCGAUCCUGAGCUCGGUCAGUACCGGCGGCAGCGCUCUGCUCCGGGCAGUUCCCGUGGUCACAACAGGAAGCAUCUCGAAAACCACCGCCAUCCACCAGCUGCUCACCAACGGCGGACUGGCCAAGCUGGCCAGCAGCUUGCCCGGCUUGGCGCACAUCACCAAUCAGACCGCUGGAGGGCAGAAAGCCCCGGCUUCUAUAACGGUGACCCUCCGCGGAGCACAGCCGAGUAGCGCAGCAGCUUUCAGCCAAGCAGGUGAAACUGUGACGGCAGCUCAAUCAGCUGAGCCCAAGCAAUGAACCUCUCGGCUCACUGUGUAAGAUGAUGCCGCGUCAGCGACUGCUCUCCGCCUGCAGCGAUGGACACAACACCCGGCGUCGUGCAGAAAAAAACAGCUGCCUCGUGUCCUCCAGAGGGGUGUCCCGUUGGGGUGGGAGGAGAGAAGCUUGGGGAGUCAUGAUUGCUGUGUUUGUAGAGGGAUUCGAGCUUCAGCGAAAUACCUCCUCAUUGUGCUUUUAAGUAGGGCAUUUUGACAGCAAGAUAUACGACUUGAUCACAUGUUAUCCUCUCUGGAGAAAAUUAUAUUGUGAGUGUAAGCCACAAAACUACCUGCAUUGUGGUAAAUUAGCUCUGACAAAGGCAAUUGUCAAAUAAAAAUAAACUAAAAUGUUACUUUGACGUUUUUUGCCGAACCCUAGAUUAUUGUUCUCUCGCAACUUGUAGAUGGUUUGAACGUCACAGUUAGAACAUUUUGAACAUUUUUGUUUGAUAAAGUUGGUUAAAUUUCGGUGUGAUAUGUUUCAGCAUCAUUCCCUAAAGCAUAAUGUUCUUCUGGCUGGCUGCGGAGCCUUACAAAAAUAUUUAUACCCCUUCAACUAUUUAGCAUUGGCUAUGUGAUUCACACACUUUGAUAUAUCUUGUUGAGAUUUUACAUGUCAAACCAAUCCAGAAUAGUUGUGAAGUUUUUGAAAGAUUCUUACAAAUAGUAUAAAUGUUUAACUGUGGCAUGGUUUUUUUAUUCAGUCUCCUUAACACUAUUACCGCUGAAUAAAAUUUGGUGCAUCCGGUUUCCUUCAGAGUUCUCCUACUUUAAGAUAAAACAUACGUGUGAUUUUCCAAAUUUUAUUUAAGAAAUUAUGAAAAUAUAAUUUUCCUUACACUUUGCUGGUUUAUGCUGUUUUGGUCAUUAGUUCUCAUAAAAUCACAGUAAAAGGCAUUAAACUGUGCAGUCAUAAUGUGGCAAUUAAUAGAAUAGUUGUAUGGGUAUGAAUAUUUAGACAAGCCUCUGAACAUCAUGUCAGAAUUCAUUUUUUGACUGUGUUACGUGGUUUCUCUGAUAUACCUUCGCAUUUGUGCUAAACUAAUUUCAAAUGUCAUUAUUUGUUUAUAAUCACAGAUGAAAUUGUUAAACAUGUUCCUAUGGAAAACUCUCACAUAAAACGUUGUUCCACUUAAACCACCAUUUAAA